AUGUCCAACCGCGAGGCAGCCGGACUCCCGAUCAUAGACAUUGGCCCCUAUCUUGAUCCUGCAGCGGACGAGUCGGCGCGCCAGGACGUUUCGUCUGCUCUCCACGCCGCCUGUCUCAAGUAUGGUUUCUUUUACCUCGACAUCUCCAAGUUCGUCGAUAAGUCGGAGCCAGAGGAUCUGACUCAGCUCGCGCGCAAGUUCUUCGCCCUGCCGCAGGAGGAUAAGGACAAGAUCUCCAUCAAACACCAGGACUUCGCUCGCGGAUAUCAAAGGCUUCAGGAAAAUGUGACUGGUGGAAAGGCAGAUAAUCAUGAAGGCAUCGACUUCUACAAGCCAGUGGAGUUGCCUGACAAAAGCAAGCCGUUGUGGGGAGAGAACCAGUGGCCCGAUGUGCCGGGGUUUAAGGAGAAAUACGACGCGUGGGUUGCAAAGAUGAAGAAUCUUGGCAUGAUUGUCAUGGAAGCGAUGGCUAUCGGCCUUGGAAUGGCGAAGGACGAAUGGGAGGCGCUCAAGCAUGAAGUGGACGACUCGUUCUGGGUGAUGAGGAUCAUUGGUUACCCUCCACUGCCGAAUGACUACGAUGGUUUUUCGUGUGGUGCACAUAAGGAUUAUGGGUGUUUGACCUUUCUCUAUGCCGAUCCAACGAAGUCCGCACUGCAAGUAUUCGUGAAGCAGCCAGGGGCUCGUCCGUCCCAAACAAACGGAUUGCCAACAGAGAAUGGGGCAGAGGAUGGCGUAUGGAUUGACGCAGAUCCUAUUCCUGGCUGUGUUGUGUGUAACAUUGGAGAGAUGUGGGAGAUCUGGACUCAGGGACUAUACAAGAGUACGUUGCACAGGGUAGUCCACCGUGGAUCAAAUUAUCGGAUACCGUUUUUCUUCGAGCCCAACUUCUCCGCAAAUGUCACCCCUCUUCCUGCUGCCCUCCGUAUUAUAGAGAAGAAUAGAUCAUUAGAGACAAAGGAGUACGCGCCAGUGAAGUAUGGAGAUUUUCUUCUUCGAAAGGUGACAAACAACUUCGCCGUUGAUGGUAAAGGGAGAUACGAUUAA